CUGUCGUAUUGUUUAUUUUAGAGGGGUUAGGGUUUUAACGUUAAAGUGAGCGGCACAAUAUCGCAGUUCCUCAGCAGCUUCAUCUCCUUAUCUCGCAACCUCGUUUCCUCUGUGUAGCAGAGGUUAUCGAAGUGUAACGUUAAUUAUCUUAGUUUGUUCUGUCACAUCGAGAUGGGAGCAAAGGCAAAGAAAGCUUUGAAGAAGAACAUGAAAAGGGCUUCCUCCAGUAAGCCAUCUCAAGGUGCAGAUUUUUUGCCCUUGGAAGGUGGUCCUGCUCGCAAGCUCCCCGAACAGAAGCCGCUGGAGAAUACUGCCACCGUGUUGUACGUCGGUCGGAUUCCUCACGGAUUCUAUGAGAAGGAGAUGGAAGGUUAUUUUGGGCAAUUUGGAACCAUCAAGAGAUUGAGAAUUUCGCGGAAUAAAAGGACUGGAAAAUCAAGACAUUUUGGGUUCAUAGAAUUUGAAUCUCCCGAGGUAGCAAAAAUUGUAGCUGAUACUAUGCACAAUUAUCUCCUUUUUGAACACCUUCUCCAAGUCUAUGUGAUACCUCCGGAGCAAGUUCAUCCAAGAUUGUAAGUUAUUAUUAUUUUUUUCCAU